CAGAACAGGGACAUGGCGGAGACCGGCUCCGUGCACGCCACCAGGUUCGAGGCGGCCGUGAAGGUGAUCCAGAGCCUACCCAAAAAUGGUUCAUUCCAGCCAACAAAUGAAAUGAUGCUCAAGUUCUAUAGCUUUUAUAAGCAAGCAACCCAAGGACCGUGUAACAUUCCACGACCUGGAUUUUGGGAUCCAAUUGGUAGAUAUAAAUGGGAUGCUUGGAGUGCCUUGGGAGACAUGUCCAGAGAAGAAGCCAUGAUAGCCUAUGUUGAAGAAAUGAAAAAGAUUCUUGAGAGCAUGCCAAUGACGGACAAAGUGGAAGAGUUACUGCAAGUGAUAGGCCCAUUCUAUGAAAUAGUAGAAGAUAAAAAGAACAGAGGAUCUGACCUAACCUCAGUUCAAAUGGAGAAAGUCUCUAAGUAUUUGGAAGGCCUUAGCAAUGUCAUGAAUUCCACUCCAAAUAUAAAGGCUGUGAAUGGAAAAGCUGAAAGUAGUGAUAGUGGAGCAGAAUCAGAAGAAGAAGGGCUUCGUGAAGAGGAAGAAAAAGAACUGCGGCUAAAUGAAAAGGACUACAAGAAUGUGAAACCAGACUCAGCAGCUGCUAAGGAUUUGGAAAGCAUUGUUACCAAUGGCUACUGCAAGGACAGCUUUAUCCCAGAGAUGCAGAAUGACAUCCAGACCAAAUCUGCCCUGAAUGGCUUGAACCUCGAGGAAGAGGAAAUAAGGAAAACAGAGCAAAGCCUAGGAACAGCUAAUAACAGUGCUCACCAAGCUGCAAACGAUGGGAAUACCGAAGAGGUAUCACCAACUCAGCACUUAACCAGUGAUUCUGACAGUGAAGUUUAUUGUGACUCCAUGGAGCAACUUGGACUAGAAGAGAUCAUCACGUCAGCUAAAGCAUCUUUAAAGCCUUCAUCCUGUGUCUUGGAUGUAGAUCACAGUCUCCCCUUAGAAAGCACAGAUUUACCCAGGCCUGCUUGCUUGACUUAUGAGAAUCUCCAACCUGGAAAUACUGUAGAGGGAGCAGCUCAAGAAGAAGGUGAAGUCAAGUGUGGAGGAGAAGAUGGCAAAGCCAGCAGUGGAGGCCCUCACAAAGAGAAGAAAGGUGGAGAAAAAGCAGAUUUCUACAGUGUCAGAAGAGGGAGAGGGCACAGGCUUCAGCCUCUAGGAGACGGUUCCCAAGGUGGCCAGAUGGGUAGUGGAGGGGAUGGAGAGCGCUGGGGAGCAGACAGAAUACCCCGGGGUAGCCUCAAUGAACAGAUUGCAGUAGUGCUGAUGCGGUUGCAAGAAGACAUGCAGAACGUCCUGCAGAGGCUGCACGUGCUGGAGGUGGCUACAGCAUCACAGGCAAAAUCUGCAACAGAACAGUCAAAUUCUGAAUCUGCCUCCUCUAAACCAUCAUGGUGGCUCUUUGAAAUUUCUCCUGGAAUUUUAGCCUUUGCUCUUGUAUGGCCAUUUAUUGCCCAGUGGCUGGUGCAUGUGUAUCUCCAAAGGAAGAGAAGGUAA